AUGCGCCACCGCCAGGACCGGUAUUUCAUUGUUCGUAUUACUUUAUUUCUCGGGCACGCGUCAGGAAGUUUCGACCGUGGAAUGCGAUUCUUGACAGGAUCCAGCGGUAUUCGCAUUGAUCUGUGUUUGGGCGCGUAUUGGGUCGGAAUCAGUAUAAUACUGGGGUAUAAUUUUAACCCCGUGCCCUUUGCCUGUGCCGCAGAGAUGUAUCAAGCGUCGAAUCUCAAGCCACCCUGCACUGCGGGCGAGGAGGGCCAAGCGGCAAAUGGCGAUAUUGUGAUCGGGCCGGCUACCGAGUGGCCUGGACCUGGUUCCGUUCAGCGCACCACUGCCUUCAAAAGGAACCCGGUCAGCACACUCUUUUUGAGCAGGAAGAGUAUUUUCGUGUAUAUCCAACGCAACGGUCAGGAACUACUUCAUUCCACGCUUCAUUUUAAUGACCGACUGCGUCUAGAUGACUGGAUUGCCGACCUCUGUUAUCGCCGGCUUACCUCCAAACCGACCCGACGGGCGAAUUUUUCUGAUAUCCUAAUCCGAUAA